AUGUGCCCAAUCCCUGGAUCCGGUGACCUGCAGUCGCGGAUAAACUCGUUCCCAAACAACCUCAAAUUCGUCCAUGGCGUCGACAAUGCGCGUCUCCAGGGGGGCCAAACCCCAUGGGUAUAUGGCAGAGAUGAUGCCACGGCCGCCUGCUGCCUUGGAUGCCCCUCCGAGAGCGUUUUCUGCUGCUGUUACAGCUACUCGCGGACGUGGACUCGGCUGGAGAUGGCCGCCAGUGGCCGAGAUGCCACCAACAUACCUGAGAUUCGCACUUGCAAUUGCGACUGCGCUGGGUUUGCACUAGGUUUCCCAUUCUACGCAUUCUGCCUUGGCUCGCUGCAAAAGUCCGUCCGCAGGCACUACGGCAUUGACGGCGAUGACUGUCAAGACUAUUGCGAUGCCUGCUUCUCUCCGCGUCGAACUCUUGUACGAGCUGAAGGAGAGAUCAUCUUCCGCGAGCAAACCCGAAGUGGCAAUCAAGGCGAAAAGGUGGAAGACUCGCAGUAUCUCUGCUACGAUCAAAUGGCCUAUCCCAUCAAACAAGCGCAGCUUACUCCAGCAGCUCGUCCACCGGCCGCUCCUCGUCAACUAGCCGCUCCUCGUCAACUGGCCGGCCCCGUGCAAGUCCAAGGUAAUCCGUAUCAGUACACUGUGCAAGCCAGUGCCCAGCCCCAGCUUCAGCCCCCUAGGGCCACCAUUCGACGGCCUAUGCACACCUUGGAAGACGACUUUGCCACGGCGAGCACAGCCAAACAACACGAUCAUGCUCUUGGCGACGACAUGGAGAGCGCGGCUCUUACCGUGCCUACCCCUCACGACCUGGGGGCCACAUCACCGCGACCAGUGCCUGUGAAGAACGAAACUGGGCCGAUGCCAUCCUCUCAAUGGACAGCUCCCAUCGCUCGCUAG